AUGAGAAUCAGCACCUUCAAGUCUGAAACCAUGGUGCUUCACCGGGAAAAGGUGGUGGUGUAUCUGCUGCUGGCGUACUCCACCGUGGGUCUGAUCUUCUUCCGCUUCAGGAACUCGUAUGACUCUGAGAGCGACUCUUUCCGUGUGGAGUUCCUGCUGGUGCCGGUGGCCGGACUCUCCUUCCUGGAGAACUACGCCUUUACCCCGCUGGAGAUUCUGUGGACGUUCUCCAUCUACCUGGAGUCGGUGGCCAUCCUGCCACAGCUCUUCAUGAUCACUAAGACAGGUGAGGCGGAGUCCAUCACGGCACACUACCUGCUGUUCCUGGGCCUGUACCGCGCGCUCUACCUGGCCAACUGGCUCUGGAGGUUCCACACCGAGGGCUUCUACGACCAGAUCGCCGUGGUGUCCGGAGUCGUGCAGACCAUCUUCUACUGCGACUUCUUCUACCUAUACUUCACCAGAGGUCAGCGCACACACACUCAAAGCAACACACACCUGCAUCAUAAAGUGUCUGUGAGGUCCUAUGUGGGACCUGUUUGUGUAGAGCCUGCAUGA